AUGAGUCUGUCACGGAGCGCGACGCUCGAGAAGACGGUGUCCGAGGCCCCCUCUGAGGCCCGCUCCCCUUCCAGGGCGGGGUCAGGGGUCAUGGUGCCACCUCCCUAUUCUACGAGUAACUGCGAGGCUGCGGACGCCCCCCUGGAGCUGAGGGGGUCUCUGGACUGCUGGGCAUGCUCCGUGCUGGUCACCGCGCAGAACCUGGUCAUCGCCCUGAUCAACGGCGGGCUGGCGAGCGUCGUGUUCGGAAUCAUCCUCACGCCGGCUCUCGUCAUGAUCGUGUUCGGCUUCCUCUGCCACUCCACGGUGCAGCCUUACGGGUCGUCCGUGUACUGCUCCGACCUGCUGGACGACACGGGCUGCGUGGCCCUGCUGGUGGUGGGCUUCCUGCUGCUGACCCCCCUGCUGGUCCUGGCGCUUGCGGCCUUCUGCCGUCUGGCUCGGCACCUCCAGCUGGGCCUGUGCUUCAUUCCCUACAGCCGGGCCGUCUACAAGAACCUGCCGGCCUCCCGCCUCCGGGGACCUGGCCCGGGGGGCUGCUGCAAGCAGCAGGAAGCCCAGGAGAGGGAGGGGAAGGGCAGCAUUUGGGUGUAG